GCGAGCAGCCGAGUGGGCCGAGGGGGCGGCGGCGACGGCGGGAGAGCUGAGGAGUUUGGGCGACAACCGUCAGGGCUGCCAUCUUCAGCCGGGCUCCAGCCUCGAGGACCAGGAGCUGGGCUGAGCGGCCGACGCACGCUCGCGGGCCCAUAGCCGUCGUCUGGCGUCCCCUAGCUUGGUAAGGGGCUGCUGUCUGGACAAGGUGCGUCUCCCGCAGCCCCAGCCCGAGGCCUGCACCGCGCACCCACUGCAAACCCCGCGUGGGCUGAGGCUAGGCCUCGGUACCCGAGGGACGGGGGAGGGAGGCCUGGAGGGGGAGGUGGAUGUGCUCCCAGCAGGGAGCAGGAGAAGCUGGAAGAGAUUAAGAUAUAAAAUAAAUGUCUGUAGCAAUGCGUUGUGCUGUUCUGACUUUCAAAAGAGAAAAGAUCAAGGAAGUGUUUAAGUUUCUAAAAUGUCAUCUAUCAAGCACCUAGUUUAUGCAAUUAUUCGUUUCUUACGGGAACAAAGUCAGAUGGAUGCUUAUACUUCUGAUGAGCAAGAAAGUUUGGAAGUUGCAAUUCAGUGCUUGGAGACAGUUUUUAAGAUCACCCCAGAAGAUACACACCUAGCAGUUUCUCAGCCUUUGACGGAAAUGUUCACCAACUCCCUCUGUAAGAAUGACAUUCUUCCUCUUUCAAACUCAGUGCCUGAAGAUGUGGGAAAAGCUGAUCAAUUAAAAGAUGAAGGCAAUAACCACAUGAAAGAAGAAAAUUACACUGCUGCGGUGGAUUGUUAUACACAGGCAAUAGAACUGGAUCCCAAUAAUGCAGUUUAUUAUUGCAACAGGGCUGCUGCUCAAAGCAAAUUAAGUCACUACACAGAUGCAAUAAAGGAUUGUGAAAAAGCAAUAGCAAUUGAUGCAAAGUAUAGCAAGGCCUAUGGGAGGAUGGGGCUGGCCCUCACUGCCAUGAAUAAAUUUGAAGAAGCAGUUAUAAGUUAUCAAAAGGCAUUAGAUCUUGACCCUGAAAAUGAUUCCUAUAAGUCAAAUCUGAAAAUAGCAGAACAGAAGUUAAGAGAGGUAUCUAGUCCCACAGGAACUGGAUUGAGCUUUGACAUGGCUAGCUUGAUAAAUAAUCCAGCUUUCAUUAGUAUGGCAGCAAGUUUAAUGCAGAACCCUCAAGUUCAACAGUUAAUGUCAGGAAUGAUGACAAAUGCCAUUGGGGGACCUGCUGCUGGAGUUGGGGGCCUAACUGACCUGUCUAGCCUCAUCCAAGCGGGACAGCAGUUUGCUCAGCAGAUACAGCAGCAGAACCCUGAAUUUAUAGAGCAACUUAGAAACCACAUCCGGAGCAGAUCAUUCAGCAGCAGCACUGAAGAACAUUCCUGAUUUGACCAGGGACUCUUGCCCACAAUACAAAUCAUUUAUGGCUCUGAAAUAUCCAUUUUAGAUAGUGGCCAAAACAAAAACUAAAACAACAACAAAAGCACCAUACCUGAUGUUCGGAAAUAGAGGAAAACCUCUUGUGUAUAUUUUUAAGGAAUAAAUCUGUUUAGACAAUAGGUUUAUCACAAA